UGGCAGGUUUCCUCUUCCCCCUCAUGCCCUCCCCCUUCCCGGCCUGCCCUCCCCAACCCUCCUUCUCGGCUGUCCACCCUUUUGCUAGUCGCUACCUUCCGCCCUUUUACCGAAGCCUUGUGACGGCGUAACGAAGCCGAAAAAGUCCGGGACAGAAUGGCAUCAGGUGUGACGGUGAAUGACGAGGUCAUCAAGGUGUUCAACGACAUGAAGGUGCGCAAGUCGCACAGGUCGCCGGAUGAGGUGAAGCAGCGUAAGAAGGCGGUGCUCUUCUGCCUCAGCGACGACCGCAAGAAGAUCAUCGUGGAGGAGAACAAACAGAUCCUGGUGGGCGACAUCGGCGAGACGGUGGACGACCCCUACGCCUGCUUCGUCAAGCUCCUCCCGCUCGACGACUGCCGAUAUGGACUCUAUGACGCCACCUACGAGACAAAGGAGUCCAAGAAGGAGGAUCUGGUCUUCAUAUUCUGGGCCCCCGAGGGUGCGCCCCUCAAGAGCAAGAUGAUCUACGCCAGCUCCAAAGACGCCAUCAAGAAAAAGUUUACAGGCAUCAAGCACGAAUGGCAGGUGAACGGGCUGGACGACAUCCAGGACCGCAGCACACUGGCCGAGAAGCUGGGCGGCAACGUGGUGGUGUCCCUGGAAGGGCAGCCGCUGUGAUAUCGCGGACGCCCAGCCAACCCGCCGUGCCAUCCGGAGCCAACCCCACCCCCCUCCCGAUCCCACCAGAACACCACCACUUGCCGUGUGUGGCCAUGUCACGAAGGAGUCGGCGUCUCUCUGCUUCGUUUUCCCUCCAUCUUUUUUCUUUUCUUUUUUUUUGUUUGUUUUUGUUCCCUGAAUGAAGGAGAUGUCAGUAACUUAAAAUAUGCAAAACCCUCUCACUUUUUUGCCACAUGAAUCGCUGACCUGUCAGGAAAAGUCGUCUCCGAGUUUUGCCAAAAAAGACCUCUGCCUCCCACUGUGAGGCAUUUUUUUUUUUAACGUGACUAAUUUAUUCUGGUCGCCGCGUGGCUCCUCUAUGCAUCACAGCAACGUUAGCGUAAGCUCUCUCCUGGCCGCCUUACAUUUUGCUUUGAAUGUAACCGCCACCACAUGUUGUUCGAGUGCACUUUGAUUUUGGAAGCGUAACACUAUGGAAAGCAGAUCCGAAACCCCCCCCCUUCCCCAAUCGGGUCCCGGUGAGAGACGGAGCAGCGAUGACUAGAACGCGGCGACAACAUCCGCAGCCUUACAGUGGAACCUUGUUUGUGAGCUCACAGGAAGCCACACUGCAAUAAAAGCUUGUGGCCCUGC